AUGUCUGUGUUAUCGGUGAUCGAGGGAAUUGUAUACGAAGUUAUGAAGUUUCUGAAAUCAGGAAAUAUAAAUGAGGCUAAGGAAUCACACUUUUUGGAGCUAUUAGUAAAGAAGCCAGAAGAAUUUACACGCCUGAUGGUUAUUUUAAAAAUGGCCCACGAAGCUGUACGAGAGGACAAAUUCAUAACAAAACGAUCUAUAUAUUACUCAAAUCCCAUUUUAUUCAAACGACAAUCCAUUAUAGACCCAUUAUUAUCAAAGAUUUGUAAGGAGCUUAGUCUCCCUCGGUGCGCUCUUAAAAUAAACGCCUCUUCCAAAUUGAUUGUUUAUGGUGAUAUUUAUCUAGGGAUUGGGUAUGAAAGCGACGUCGUUAAAAGAAAUAAUUUGGGUAUACCUGAAAGUUUGUUUAAAAGUGGAUAUGAGGUUAUUAUGUCAGAAUGUUUGCCUCAAUUUAUUUUGAUAAUUGAGAAAGAUACGAUUUUUCGGAAACUUUUAAGUGAGAAGUUCUAUGAAAAAUUCAAACCUUGUUUAUUGGUUACGGCUAAAGGUUAUCCAGACUUGAUAACUCGCCAAUUUCUUGCUCAAAUAAACUGCAUCCAUCCAAAUAUUCCAAUGAUUGGACUUUUUGAUGCUGAUCCUCAUGGUAUAAAUGUAUUCUGUACUUACAAGUACGGCACUACGAAUCCUAUGAUGCAAAAUGAAAAUGGUAGUCCAAUAAAAAUAUCCAAUCUUCAACUAUGUGGACUAUUACCCAGUGAAUUAUCAUCUCUUCAAAUCAAAGAAAUUGAUUUAUUGAAAUUAACAAAAAGAGAUAAAUCAUUAUUAAAUUCAAUGAAAAACGUUUAUAUAUUCAACAAGAAUCCAUUUUAUUAG